AUGCUCGCCGCUGGGCGCAUAGCGCGCAUCUCGCGGCCAGCGCUAUGCGCCCAGCGGAAUGCUCGCCGCUGGGCGCGUAGCGCGCAACUCGCGGCCAGCGCUAUGCGCCAAGCUAUGCGCAUUCCGCUGGGCGCAUUGCGCCUCUCUCGCGGCCAGCAAUGCGCUCAGCGGAUUGCUCACCGCUGGGCGCAUUGCGCCUCUCUCGCGGCCAGCAAUGCGCUCAGCGGAUCGCUCACCGCUGGGCGCAUUGCGCCUCUCUCGCGGCCAGCAAUGCGCUCAGCGGAUCGCUCACCGCUGGGCGCAUUGCGCCUCUCUCGCGCGGCCAGCAAUGCGCUCAGCGGAUCGCUCACCGCUGGGCGCAUUGCGCCUCUCUCGCGGCCAGCAAUGCGCUCAGCGGAUUGCUCACCGCUGGGCGCAUUGCGCCUCUCCCUCCAGCGCUAUUCGCCCUGCGGAAUCAGCGCCGCUUGGCGCAUAGCUGUGUUUGCAGGCUUCUUCGCCUCACAGCCAUUCCGCUUUGAGCCAUACGACCUACUCACCAACAUCGUCAAGGCUCGACGACUGAGUGAGGCUCGGGUGGAAGCUGACAGCCAAGAGAAGCGGCCAGGUGGCAGCGGCUCCCUGCUGUCCUACGACACUCCCGAGGGCGCCAAGCAGCUCUCUGCACACUGCCUGCUGCUCACCGUGCCCACAUACGUUGCUGCUGACCUCCUCAAGCCCUACUCGGUGAGCAUUCCCCCUGCUCUCUUGCAAACGUGCCUUGGGCAGCUGCACCCGCGCACCCAGGGGAUCGUCACUCCCCUGGGUACAGGUUAA